UUUUAAAAAAAAAAAUCAUUAAAAGCUACUUUUUCAUUAUAUAUACACUAUUAUGGAAGCCAAUCAACAGAAUAUAUCCAGACAUAGACAUUCAAUAAAGCCUACUUCACAGCAUCAUCUUCAUCACCAUUAUCAUUCAUCAUCGUCACCUUAUCCAACGUCUAACACAUCAUCUUGUUCUCACUCAAACGCGCCUAUCAAUACAACAAGUCGAUGGCAACAAUUAGUUGUAGGGGCAGGUUCAGCCGCAGGCACAAUGUCAGCCGUUAUUAGCGAAGAAUCCAUGAAAUGCUUAAAAUACUGCUUGAGCUGGUUGACCUACGCCAUACAACAUAUUGAACAACAAAUGAAUAUUUUAAGAAAUUUUUUAGUUUCAUUAGCCAGCUCGAAACAGCAACAGAGACAACAAGGACAACAAGAACAGCAGCAACGAGUGGGCUCGAGAGCAACAUCCAUUAUAAAUAGUAAUGGCAGCAAUAGCAGCAGUGUAUUAUCCGGCGUUAAAAAGGAUAUUGUAGAGACUUUAAGAAAAGUUGUAGAUGUUAUAACAAAAUAUGCUGGUGUUUCAUUACCUGCUCAUGCACGACAGGCUGUGCGAGGAUUUAUAUUGAACUUGCCAGGUCGUUGGGCUAUGGUGAAGGAUAUUCGAUCAACAACACAAACACCUGUGGCAUCACCACGAUUGCCACCACCGAACUCACCUUCUACCUGCAGCACUAGUUCUAGAUCCUCUUCUUUCAGUAGCGGAAUGAGUAGCGAUAACUUUUAUCAUUUGAAUGACUCCGGCGGUGGUACAACAGAAUAUAAACAAGAAGAAGCGGCUAUUCGAUUAUUAAGUUUCGGUCAAGAGUCUGUGGAUAUGUUGAAUUCUGUUUCUCUUGUAUUCUCAGAUACAGUGGGUAGAGCUGAACUGUGGAUUGAUCGGUUGAAAAUGGUGCCUGGUAUUAAUAUUAGAGGCUCAGAAGAACGACAGUCCAUGGAAGGAGGGACAGUACAGGAGCAAGAACAAGAACGUAUUCAAUUACCGCCUAUUCGAACUCUAAUUGACGAAAGCCGAGAAAAAAAUCUUGGUUUCCCAUCACCCAUACAAACACCAGGCAAAAAAUUAAUAAAUGUUAACAAUUUUUAAAGUCUAGGCACAGUUUGAGUAGAGUCAGUUUAAAAUGAUGAUGAUCGAUUGUAUAUAAGUAGGAUAAAAUAUGGGAGGAAUCCAAGUAAUAUUGAUUGUGCAUAGAAUAUCAAAGGAAAUAUACCAUAGUCUACCUAUGAAUAAACUGCCAGCGAAGAGCAAGAGAUACAUUAUUUUUAACGUUCUCAUAUUGCAGCGAUACAUAUAGUAUCUGUUGGAAAGUAAAAGAAUUGAUUAAUCGAAGGAUUUUGGCUUCUUAUUCAUCCUCCCUGCACUACUAGUAUGAUUGCUCGAAUAGGAGGA